AUGAUCCCAGAUCAGCUCACAUUCCACAAACAGGAAAUAGCUAAAUUAUCGGACAAUGGUUGGACUGGACCAGCCUAUUCGCCUAUUUGCUCUCCUACGAUCAUGGUAGACAAACCUGAUGACGGCUUCGGGGAGCGGAAGAUGCGUAUGGUUGUUAAUUACCAGGCUCUAAAUGCCCUUACGAUAGCCCCUGAUUUUCCACUACCUCCCAUUCAAACCAUUUUGGAGAUGCUGGGAGGCGCCAAGUAUUUUUCCGCUUUGGACCGUGACGCAGGAUUCCUUCAAAUACGUAUGGCUAUGGAAGGCCGUUGGAAGACGGCUUUCCGUUCCGUUCUCGCGCUUUUCGAGUACCGAGUAAUGCCCUUUGGCCUUAAGGAAGACAAAAUCGAAGCCAUACGGCAUUGGCCCGAGGUGCUGGACAACGAGACGCUGGACAGAGCUUCACACGAAAGCGUUCUGGAACAAGACGGCAAGCCCAUCGGCUUCCUCAGCCAAGUCAUGAACCCCAUACAACAGAGACACUCGAUCUACGGUCAGGAACUCUUGGCGUUGGUCACGGCACUGGACAAGUGGUCACAUUUGCUCCAUGUUUCCAAGGUAACGGCUUACGCUGAUCAUCAAGCUCUCACCCAUCUCCAACGACUCCAAACAUCGAAGCCUCUGCGCGGACGCACUGCCCGCUGGUUAGACUUCCUGGCCGAGUUUCUGGAUGUGCACAUCACCUAUGUUCAAGGAGCGUCCAUUCAAGUGGCUGAUGCCUUGUCUCGCCGUCCCGGCCUUCCUAAGACCUGCUCGCACGACACGCCACUAACACCUCUGAUGCUUGCAGUAGCACAAGCUCGCGCGGUUCCUUGCACUCGUGGUCGGCCUGCCAACUACAGGGAGCUUGCCGGAAUUCCUUCGCGACGACCCACACGACGCAGCCUGCCGUCCGCACCUUCAACUUCGCCGCCGCAACCAAAUCCAGAGGCGGAACACCUUAUCCCCACAACGAGGACACCAGCUGACCCUCCUGAUGUGCGCCCAUGGCCGCAAGCUUACUCGAAGUGUCCCCAUUUUCGCGCUCCCUACAAAGCCGCAGCAAACCAACCAGGAGAAGCUCUGCAAAUACAGUUUCGUAAUCACCAAUUCACCUUUCGCUACGUGCAGCCUUACCUGCGCAUCCGCGUUCAUGGACUGUGGCGCAUCUGA